CCGGAACUGGACUUUGCCUGCCGUUGCUCGAUAUUUCUUCUUGGCAUGUGUCGCCUUCUGUUGUCGUAAAACUAAGAGAAGAAGUAGAAGAAGUGAUGGAUAAUCAAGGAGGCUCGACUGAUCCACAACUCCAGCACUUUAUUGAGAUUGAGUCUCAAAAACAGAGGUUUCAGCAGCUGGUUCACCAAAUGACAGAAGUGUGUUGGGAGAAAUGCAUGGAUAAGCCAGGUCCAAAGCUAGACUCAAGGACAGAGGUCUGCUUUGUAAACUGUGUGGAGCGUUUCAUUGACACAAGCCAGUUCAUUCUCAACAGACUCGAACAGACUCAGAGGACAAGAGGUGCCUUCUCAGAGACUAUAACAGAUUAGCCAGGACCUGAAUGGAUGGUUAUCUUUUUUACUCUAGUUGUGAAGCAGCUGUUAUUAAAACAAGACAUUAUUUUUAUUCUUACCAUCUGUCUUAUUGUUGUAUCUGGUUGAUAUCUUGUUAAGCCAAUACUGGUUUUGCAUCAGGGUAAAUAAAUAUAAGUUGCAUAAAAAUGUAA